AUGACUUCUACUCCCUCCUCCUAUGGAGUGGUGAAACUACAAGGCUCACUGGCUGAGGCCUGGGCUAGUGUAAGGAGACGCCCAAGGGACCUUUCAAACUCUGAGCAUGCCGAUGAGUACGCCUGGAGUGCAAUGACAUCCACGCCGGUCACAAGUUCACGAUCGCCGUGGCUCAUUUUGUCCCGAGGUGUGUUUUUCUUCUCUCUCUGCAGAGCUCAAAUGCCAGGUUUUGUUAGUGUAGAUUGUGGAGGCAAUGAAUCAUAUACAGAUGAGCUUGGACUGGAGUGGACACCAGAUAGUCAAUUUGUAUAUGGCGAAACAGUUAGAAUAUCAGCUCCAAAUGAGAACCGGAAACAAUACAUGACAGUGCGAUACUUUCCUGCAGAUAAUCGAAAAUACUGUUACACAUUCAAUGUUACAGUCAGGACACGCUACCUUGUGCGAACAAGCUUCCUGUAUGGGAAUUUUGACGAGAGUAAUGUCUAUCCGAAAUUUGACAUCUCAAUUGGAGCAAGUCAUUGGACAACCAUUGUCAUCUAUGAUGCAAAUACCAUUGUGACACAUGAGGCUGUUAUCCUUGCUACUGCUCCAGCAAUUAGCAUAUGUGUAUCUAAUGCUACAACUGGAGAACCAUUUAUUUCCACCAUCGAACUUCGACAGUUUAAUGGAUCAUUGUACCACACGGAUUUUGAGACUCAGUUCUUCUUGAGUCUAUCUGCGAGAAUAAAUUUCGGUGCUGAGACUAAUGAAUCUGUCAGGUAUCCUGAUGAUCCAUAUGAUCGAAUAUGGGAAUCUGAUUCUUUGAAGAGGGUGAACUACCUUGUUGAUGUUGCUACUGGAACUCAAAGAAUAUCAACCACUGUGCCUAUAGAUGUUAAUAGUGAUGAAAGACCUCCAUCCAAGGUGAUGCAGACUGCAGUAGUGGGUCAAAAUGGAGGCUUAAAUUAUCGUCUUAACCUGAAUGGGUUUCCGGGGAAUGGUUGGGCGUUUUGUUAUUUUGCAGAAAUUGAAGAUUUGAAACCAGAUGAAAUCAGGAAAUUCAGGUUGGUGCUUCCGGGGAACAAGGAACUUACACAUCUCAUUGUAAAUGUCAAAGAAAAUGCCCAACGGAAGUAUCGGCUAUAUGAACCGGGAUCAUAUAAUAUAAGUCUCCCUUUUGUCUUGUCUUUUGCUUUUAAGAAAACAAAUGAUUCAUCCAAGGGACCUAUCUUAAAUGCUUUUGAGAUAUACAAGUAUAUGGAGAUAAAUUAUGGAUCCCUAGACGCACUGACCAUGGAAAGCUUUGUAUCACAUUACCCAAAAGAAGUUUGGGCACAAGAAGGUGGAGAUCCAUGCUUACCAGCUCCAUGGUCAUGGGUUCAAUGUAAUUCAGAUCCGCAACCACAAAUUGUUUCAAUUAGACUAUCAGGGAGAAAUUUAACGGGGAAUAUACCUACAGAGCUUGCUAGUUUAACUGACCUAGUCGAAUUAUGGCUUGAUGAAAACGUGCUUAGUGGCCAUAUACCUGCUCUCGGUGCAUGCUUAAGUCUCAGAAACAUUCACCUUGAGAACAAUAAGUUAACUGGUGAUCUAUCAUUUUUGGAUGGCCUAUCAAAUUUACAAGAACUGUACGUGCAGAACAAUAUGUUGUCCGGAACAGUACCUGGUCAUCUUCUUGGCAAAAAUAUAGUUUUCACGUGGGUAUUUCUUAUUAGAUUGUGUUGAAUAUCUCUUUAAGUCCUACUUUCCAAUGAAAUUACAAUUAUCAAACUUGGGUAUGCUAUUUUGAGGCGUAUCCCCAAGUGCAAUAACAUAAGAACAGAAUUUAGACUGGCCUAAUCAUGAUUGUUCUUGGUGAUCAACAAAACAAGCUAUCUAGUCUUUCACAUUGUGUUUC